UUACUAGAAUUAUUUUAAAAAUAAUAUCAAAACAUAACCUAUAAAAAUAAUAAUUGAACAAAAAUGUUAAAAAGAAGUGUUUAGAAUAUGGAUCCUCCCGAAAUUUUGCAAAAAAAGCUAUAUUUCCUUCUCGAGCAGUUGCAAAACAUGGCUAGAGAUUUGCCCCCGAAAUACCAAAUGCGCCUUCCUUAUGAGUUAUUGUCUAGUCUCGCAAAUUGUUUAUUAAACGAUACGGUUUUUGAAAUUGUGAAAGGGUUACUUGAGAUUCAGCAUGUGACUGAACAGCACUUGUAUCAACAAAGACUCCAGUUUAUCAAUAACCAAAAAAUGGAGGAACAUGAAAUACUAAAUCAAUACAUUGGCGAUCCCGAUAAAAAAGUAGAAGAACUUAGGAAGUUAAUGAUUAAACAGAAAGAAGAACUGAAACAGUUUGAUAUGGGGCUAGUAAUACAGUUGGACGAAAAGGUGGCCGAUCAGCAACAAGUCCUGGAACAAGCUGGAGUGCCUGGAUUUUAUGUUACAAAAAACGCUGUAGAAAUUAAAGUUCAAAUGCAUCUACUUGACUUUAUGCUCAGGUUGAGCAAAAUGACUCUACCCUCAUAGUCAUAAAAUUUCUUAAAAUGUGGGUUAUCUAAUGGAAGUGGAACAGGAGGACAACAAAUACUUCAAACUUUUCUUUUCCCUAUUUGUAACAUAUUAACAAAACAAAAUUCUUAAUAACUUAAUACAGUUGCUCCUAUUGUUUAA